CGCGGCUUGGGACGAGUUCGUGACGAAGCAGAAGGAGAAGAUGGACAGCGCGUGGGACAACGUCUUCCACCACGGCCAGGCUCCGUCGGCCGACUUCUCCUGCUCCUGCGCCUGGACGGCGAACUUCGCCUGCCCGGACGCGCCAAUGCCGGGCAACAAGGGCUACGCCCAGAAAGACAACUCGGCGUGCUACGCGUACUGCUGCCCGGAGGACGGCGCGGCGAGCCAGCCGUCGACCGGCCUCGCCAGCCGGAUCCCAAAGGUGACGACUGCGUGGGACAACUUUGUGGACAGCAUGAAGGCGGAGAUGGCAAAGGACCCUGCCGACCGGAUGGGGCAAGCCGCGUGUGCCAGCGGCUGCGCCAACCUCGGCAAGGUGAUCGGCGAGGCGCUCGACGCGGUGCACCCCGACCUCGUCUCGACGCUGCACGCCGGCGUGCAGAUGGAGGGGAUGGUCGCCAUGUACUCCUUCUGCAUCGCUGUCAUGCUCUCGCUCAUCGUCUCGAUCGUGGUCGAGCGGCUCGAGGGGCGCGGCGAGGGGGUCGUCGACCAUCACGCCGAGGGCUGGGACGGGUACGACUCCGGCGAGGAGGAGUCGGACGACGACGACGCGUUCGACGAGGACGCGGCCGGCUUCCGUGGGCGCGGCGUGCCGACUCCGCCACCGAGCCCGCCGGCGGAGGGGGCGGGCGGGGAGGCGGAGGGGGGGGUGCGGCAGGUGGCGCCGCUGGGGCACGUGUCGGUCGAGGUCGACACGCCGGGCGACGAGGCGGGCUCGUCGUCCGCCGCGCCCGCCGCCGCGCUCGACGCCGGGACGGCGACGAGGACGCCGAUCCCCGAGACGCCGAGCGGACUCCGGAGGCGGUUGGCCGGCUCGGUCCACUUUUUGGAGGAGAAGACCAAGACGGCCGUCGGGAUCUUCUCUCCGGCGAAGGACACGCGCACGCCGCGCGAGAUCCGGAUAGAGCGCAAGAUCAAGAGGCAGAUGACGGUGCUGGGCGGCGCCAAGCCCUUCCCGGUGACGCGCGAGUGGGCGUGGCACUCCACCAUCUGCCUCCUCACCAGCGCGAUGCUCGCGUACGGCAUGUUCACGCCCUGCUUCACGCGCGAGGUGACCGGCUCGGUGCCCGCGCUGCUCAAGGACACCGGCUUCGACUUUGACGAGGAGUACUCGAUCUGGUCGCUCUCGGGCAUCAUCUACGAGCUCGGCGGCUUCAACCGCGCGCUCAUGUACACGACGUACCUCGUCUUUUGCGUCAUCGGGCCGGCGGUGCGCUGCAGCACGCAGCUGAUGCUGCUGCUGCUGCCGUUGCCCACCAAGGUGUUGCGCAUGCUGCACGAGCUCUCCCGCAACGCCUCCAUCUUUUACGCGCUCGAGGUGCUGCUCGUGGCCGUGCCGCUGCUCAACGUCACCUUCGGCCCCGUGUCGAAGAACCUGCUGACCGUCGAAAACUCGCCCGGCCUGUGCGGGCCGCUCGGCGAGAGGUACGGCCAGGAGACGUGCCUCAUGCUGGACGUGCGCCUCGCGAAAGGGUACUGGAUCAUCUGCGCGCACGUCGCCCUCUUCCUCUACUCGGGCUUCGACGGCUCGCCGACUCACAAGUACUGCCAGCACGAGCUACACCGCUCCGACUGCCCGCCCUUCCCGUGCUGUUCCAAGCAGCAGCAGGACAGCCCGCCGUCAGCACGGUCCGCGCGGCAGCCCACGAUGCAUUAGCGACGGAUUGCUUCGUCGCACGUCGGACGUCGCCACUCUUCGCUCAAACCUCUGCUUUCGACUGCUUGACUUGUGUGUGACUUGUGUGUGACUUGUGACUUAUUGUGUCGUGUGAUGCGUGGUGUUGCGUACUGCUAAGCAAGAUGAGUCAAAUGAU